GCAGGGGACAUACUCUGACACACACACACACACGCAGACACUCAGAUCAGAGCUUGACUGUCAUACACACAACACUCUUCCUGGGAUAUGAACCCGCUCAUCCUCACCUGUCUCCUAUGCCUCGUAGUCUGCUGUGUUCUUGGUGCUCAGGGAUCUGAGGCCACGUUCUCUAGUGAACUAAACGGAGUGACUGGGGGUCCGGCCUCUGGCGAGGGCCUCCAGAGUUCGCUGAGCGACGAUGACGAGCUGGAAACAUAUGAAGAGCUUUCAGGAGGAGCUAACGAACAUGUCAGCGUUCAUGACUUUCAUCCCGGUAAAGAUGAGAAAAAGAAGAGGAAAAGCAAAGGCAAAAAGAAGAACAGGCAAAAGAACAAAAGCACGACUGUUUUCAACCCCGAACACACAUUCUUCACCAGCGGCUACACGUCGACUUUCAGCACCACAGAGGAUCCCUGCACCUCCACCCACCUGGGCUACUGUAUUCAUGGCUACUGCAAGCACAUAGAGGGUCUACAGGAGCCAGUGUGUAUCUGCAUGAAGGGUUACGACGGGGAGCGCUGUGGGAUCCAAACUCUAGGGACCGGUAAAACCAAGCCAGAUCAGAGCAACAAUACUGAACUGGUGCAGAUGGUCUUAGUGAUCAUUGCUGUGGUCCUGUCAGUCAUCAGCUGCAUCGCCAUACUGCUCAUGACCUGUGCUCAUUACAGGUCACAUAAAAACUUCCUGGCAUCCUACUUGGGAACCGGGGCAGAGCAGGAAAAGCUCCAGAAACCCAUUGGUGACCUCGUGGUGUGAAGGUGUCGGUGUGACUUCUGGCAAGCCAGCUGCUCCAUCCAAAGACGAAGCAAACGAGAAGAAGCCUUAGGACAUGAGAAGGCAACGGAGUGAAUAGACUGCUUUAUUACAAUAGAUGCUGUGUAAAAACUACUACUCAGAACUUGUUAGAAUGUAAUUUAUUUAGUGUGAUUAUUUAUUGCUAAAGACUGUAUGAGUGUUUGUAUGUUGGAUUAUUAUGAGGUUUAUGUGAGCGAAUGCUGAGCAUUCAGUCUUUUGUCUGUUCUGUAGGUUCUGUUUUAUUUAUUGCACUGCUGUUGUUAUAGGUCAGAGAAAUGCUCUUCAUCUCACUCUGGA